UUGGCCCACAAGUGAAUGUUAAACAGAUCCACAAGGGUGUGUCUGGGCAGUGUACAUACAAAACGGCCUUAGGGUUACAUUGUAUUUCAUUUACCUGGAGGCGACGUCGAAAUGAUGCGCCUUCCUGUCGAAAUGAAAUUGUUCAGUGCCUGUGCACUGUUCUUUGUGUUCCUUCAUGCUGAACCCACCUUGGCUCAGACAACUGUAACUGUACAGCAAGGGGAUAUCAAUGGGAAAAUAUCAAUUCUUGGAUCGGACGUGAUGUCUUACCUUGGGAUACCCUACGCCGAGCCGCCGUUGGGUGAUCUGCGUUUCAAGAGACCAGUACCUAAAGCUGCUUGGAGUUCUCCACUGAAUGCCACUGAAUAUGGACCGAUAUGCCUGCAAAUGAAUGCCCGAUUUCCCAGUUCCGAGGAUUGUCUCACACUUAAUGUCCAUGUUCCACAGAAUAACACCACUACCCCUAAAGCAGUCAUGGUUUGGGUUCAUGGCGGAGGAUUCGUCGUAGGAAGUGCUAGGGAAUUGGACCCUGUAGGUCUAGCCAUGGCAGACGUCAUCACAGUUAGUAUCAACUACCGUUUGGGCAUGUUUGGCUUUCUUACUAUUGCAGACGAUGUAAAAGGUAAUUUGGGACUUUGGGACCAACACCUCGCUUUCAGAUGGAUAAAAGAUAACAUUGCUGCCUUCGGGGGGGACCCCAACAGAAUCACGAUAUUCGGAGAAUCUGCAGGUGGUAUGAGCGUGUCUUUCCAUGCUAUGUCUCCAAUGAGUGACGGACUGUUCCAUCGUGUCAUAAGCCAAAGCGGGAUUGGCACUCAAUAUUUUGUCCUUCGACCGAGUCCUACAAUUAUCACUUCUCUGAGCAAAACUUCAAAUUGUAACACCAUCGAUUCGGCGGCUUUGCUAUCUUGUCUUAAAGGUAAAAGUGCCCAAGAUCUUCUUUCUGCCUCUAAUACCCUUGGACAGUUGCUUAUUUGGAUGCCGAACAUGGACAAUGAGUUUAUAACUGGAAACGUUGAAAGCUCAUCAAAUCUUCUACCAGAACAAUAUGGAAACCUUGAUUUUUUGAUGGGAAGUAAUAGUCGUGACGGUUCUAUCGAAAUAGCGGUGCCUUCCGAAGCUGAAAAUGGUUAUACAGAGUCAACUUUCCGCAAAUAUGUCGAACGUAUGUUAUUUGGGAGGUUGGACAAAGAUAUUAUUGAAACGGCGUUGAUACAAGAGUACACAGAAGGUGUGUAUAACCAAGAUAACAGAACGCGCGCACAGCAAUUAAUAGAAAUCGCAACGGACCUCUUUUUCACAGUCCCUACCCAGUUGAACGCCCUCAAACAUGACAGAACCAACGGUACUGGUUCCACGUUCUUAUAUUUUCUCUCCAUAAAUACAUGCCGCAAACUACUGCCCGCGGUGUUGGCUGGAUGGAGCUGGACAUGCCGACGAUCUAAUCUACAUUAAUGGUCUGGUCAGUGUUUUGUGUAACGGUAGCGCCACACCUGCUGAUCUAGCCCUACAGACAACCAUGAUGACCUAUUGGACGAACU